GUUUGCAUGUUGUGUUCAGUGGGAUACCACCUGUUCUUGUGCCACCGCUCUGAAAAGACCUGCCGUCGCUGGCUGGCGCUGGAUUACGCCGGUAUUUCUGUGGGUAUUCUGGGCUGUUAUGUUCCUGGGAUCUUCUACGCUUUCUACUGUAAUCCUUUUUGGCGACAGGUCUACCUGCUGACAGUGCUCUCCUUGAUCCUAGCUAUCUUCUGCGCUCAGGUCCACCCUCGAUACCUCAGCAAUGACUGGAAGGUAGUAAGGAUGACGAUCUUCUGCUGCGUGGUGGGCAUCGAUGUGAUCCUUGCCUGCCACUGGAUCUGGCUGAGUGAAGGAUUUGCCUCUGAGAUUGUGCAGCUGUUCCUACCUCGUGUGAUUGUAAUAUAUCUGAUAGCUGGAUCUGCGUUCCUGUUCUACGCCACCAAAAUCCCUGAGCGAUAUUUUCCUGGUCAGGUGAACUAUGUCGGUGCCAGCCACCAGCUGUGGCACGUACUGGUGGUGUUGAUGUUUUACUGGUGGCAUCAGACGGCCAUGCACAUCAUGGACUUCAGACACAGCCGGCCCUGUCUCGCCCGAACCAGCGGCAGAUAAGUGAACCUCGGCUCAACGCAUCAAAUUGGCAUAAACAACCUUCAGCUGUUGCCUCACUGUAAAUGCAAGAUGCCCAUGAUGUUGAUGCUGACUGAUAGAUAGUGACGAUUACUAAAUGCUGACGCAGAGUCUCCUGACAGAGGUAUUAGAGAAUGAAAUGAUUGUAUCUUGUGUCUUCAGAAUAGUGAGCAGAAAAAGAAAAGCAAUUCACCAUUAGAUCAAAGCAUGAUGCAGAAAUGUUCAUUGUUUUGUAGAAACAAACUAAGCUGUGAUGUUUUAAACGACAUCAUAUUUUAUGGUUUGGUAUGUUUGUGUUU